CAUAUAUACAAGUCAUAACUAUACAACCGGAUCGCUAUGGGACCGAUUGUUGGAGCAGGCCGUGCACGUGGCCUGAUCCCUCGGACCGAGCCGGCCUACCGUGCCGUACUCGCACUAGACCAAAUCAUCGGGCCACCUAACCGCGGGCUGCAUGCCCAUCCUGUAGCCCAUGACUAUGAUGACGGAAAAGUAGAAAAUGCUGGAGAUGGCGGAACACGUGUUACAGCUUAAGCCACCAAAACCACAACGGCCUGGUGGUGGGAAUCUACCCCAUCCACCAGUACUGUACACCACCCACCCAUCGUACAUCCUCCAAUUCCCGGCCGGACCGGACUUUGCAUUCCAUCGUCAUCGAUGGCCACGGCCGUCCGCCUGCAGCUGGUCUUCCGCCCCACCAAGCCCGCUGCUUCUCCUUGCCAUCGUCAUCUCUUAUCAGCAUCUCCGGCUUGGAGCCGGCGUCGAGACCACCCAAGAUCAACUGUAGCAGCAGCAGCAGCCGCAACCGGUGGCGGGUCGUCGUCUCCACCCCCCCGGCGGCCCCAGCAAUUGCAAUCCUCCAGCACCGCCAUCCGCGAGAGCAAGCAGCAGGUGACGCUGAAGCUGACGUACCUGGAGAUCAACAGCUGGGUGUGGGAGGUGCAGCAGCAGCAGCAGCAGCAAGGCCAAGAGCAAGCCCCCGUGCGCAUCCUGGUGGACCCCCUGGUCGUCGGCAACCUCGACUUCGGCGCGCCCUGGCUGUUCGACGGCGCCAAGAAGAAUCCCGAGGUGAAAGCCCUCGGGGUGGACGACCUCCUGGCGCCGGACGCGAGGCCGGACCUGCUGCUCAUCACGCAGAGCCUGGACGACCACUGCCACGUCCGGACGCUGACGCAGCUGUCCGCCAGGGCGCCUGACCUGCCGGUGGUGACCACCCCCAACGCGCAGCCAGUGCUCGACUCCCUGCCCACGCCCUUCCGCCGUGUCACCUACCUCGAGCCCGGCCAGUCCACCGUCGUCAACCAGCAGGUCCGGGUGCUGGCCACCGCAGGGCCCGUCCUGGGGCCGCCGUGGCAGCGCCCCGAGAACGGCUACAUCCUCAUGCCCGCCGGCGCAGGUGAUGGUGAUGAGAGCGGCCCCGGCCUCCUCUACUACGAGCCGCACUGCGUGUACGACAGGUCCUUCCUGGAGGACAAGCGGCUGCAGGCGGACGUCGUCAUCACGCCGGUGGUGAAGCAGCUCCUCCCCGCCAACUUCACCCUCGUCUCCGGCCAGGAGGACGCCGUCGACCUGGCCAGGCUGCUGCGAGCCAGGUAUGUGGUACCCAUGAGCAACGGCGACGUGGACGCCGGCGGACUCCUGGCAACCGUGCUCACCAAACAGGGGACGACGCAGUCGUUCCAGGCCUUGCUGUCGGAGGCGCUUCCCCAGGCGCAGGUCCUCGACCCCACGCCCGGCGUGCCGCUCCAAGUCCAACUGCAGCUGGACAUCAUCAUGGAUCGAUGAUGGGCAAUAGCAUCUACUCCUACAUAUAUUAUAUACAUACAUUCUCAGAGUUUAGGGAUACUGCUCUCUCUCUAUAUCAUGGAGUAUUCAUAUAACAGCAUAAUAUAUCAGCCAGAAUAAUGAUUUUAUACCAGCUGCGGCCCAUGUAAACGUUAACUCCUGUAACUUUUAUUCAUUGAUUGACCUCUCUACAAAUGAUCCA